CCAGUGGAAGGAACAGGGGACUGUUUCUUUCCCAGGGUCUCCUUUGUAAGUAGGGUUUCAGGAACACUUGCUUUCCCCAAAGUCAAGUGCCUGAUGACACUGAAGUACUCAUCUAGGAUGGACCUGGCUUUGGGUGACGUUGGGAAGGAGCGGAAAAGGAAACCAGAGGGUAAGAUCAAGUCUUAGCACCCCGGCCCCUCCCUGCACUUGCAGCCCUGGAUUUUCACGUUGGUGAAGGAGUGCUCCCUGCCCCUCUAGCUGGGUUGGAGAGGUAGUUUCAAGGCAUCAAGGGCUGCGCCCACAGGGGAGCCCAGGCCCUACUCAGAGCUUCCUUACCCACUGACAUGGAGGCUCACCUUAGGCAAGGAGGCCCUUGGGCAGAGUUGGUUCAAAGGAAAGAAGCUUCACUCACAAAACAGUGGCUUCACUCUGAAGCCUAGUUAUUAUUCCAGUUAAGCCACCACAAAAUGUCCCUUAAUAACACCCUGCCCGGUAGAACUUUGGCAUGUUUCAAGGGCGGCAGGUUCCCCGGGGAGCUGGCUGCAGGUGGGAUGCAGGUCUGCAUGCUGAUAGGCCACCUGUUGGUCUCCGGGCAGCGGGGAGCAGCAUUAUGAGAUGGGUGUUGGCCGUGAAGGGGUCCUGUUAUAGGAGCCUUCCUUACUCCACAGGGUCACUGCCCCGCUGAGGAGCCCCUCCGGUGGGCACGAGCAGGAGGACUCUCCACCUGGCUCAAGCAAGGCUGCCAUGGCGUUAAUAACCAGCACCUGUACGGAGAGCCGUCCGCUGCACUAGUUUUAUACUGCGCUCAUUUAUUCUCCCCAGCUUAUUCUGGCCCACAGAUGUAUUUAGUUUGGCCUUUUCAAAGUGUUUUAAAACUUUUGAGUCAGUUGCCAACAUUGUAAGUCCAGGAGAUUUAUAUAAAAAUCCAGACCCAGUCUGUGUCCUCGGGGAGGCAGUCUUUCCCAAGGUCCCUGGCCUAUUAAGGGCUGGAGCUAGGAUUUGAACUCAGUGCCCCUGAAUUCAGAGCUGCUGCUUCUGUGCUAUGGGAGACCCUGGCUUGAAAGUGCCCUCCUUGCUGGAAGUGAAGAGAAAUGAUGGUGUGCAUGUACAGGAUGGCAGGAGAAAACAGAUGGAAGAGAAGAGGCGGAAAUACUCCAUCAGCAGUGACAACUCUGACACCACUGACAGUCACGCCACAUCCGCGUCAAGAUGCUCCAAACUGCCCAGCAGCACCAAGUCGGGCUGGCCCCGGCAGAACGAAAAGAAGCCCUCCGAGGUUUUCCGGACAGACUUGAUCACAGCCAUGAAGAUCCCAGACUCAUACCAGCUCAGCCCAGAGGACUACUACAUCCUGGCAGACCCGUGGCGACAGGAAUGGGAGAAAGGUGUGCAGGUGCCUGCUGGGGCAGAGGCCAUCCCAGAGCCCGUGGUGAGGAUCCUCCUGCCACUGGAAGGCCCCCCUGCCCCGGUGUCCCCUAGCAGCUCCGAACUUGGUGAGGGCCCCCAGCCCGAUUGGCCAGCGGGCAGCCGCUAUGACCUGGACGAGAUUGACACCUACUGGCUGGAGCUCAUCAACUCGGAGCUCAAGGAGAUGGAGAGGCCAGAGCUAGACGAGCUGACGCUGGAGCGUGUGCUGGAGGAGCUGGAGACACUGUGCCACCAGAAUAUGGUGCGGGCCAUCGAGACGCAGGAGGGGCUGGGCAUCGAGUACGAUGAGGAUGUCGUCUGCGAUGUGUGCCGCUCUCCUGAGGGUGAAGACGGCAACGAGAUGGUCUUCUGCGACAAGUGUAAUGUCUGUGUGCACCAGGCGUGCUACGGGAUCCUCAAGGUGCCCACAGGCAGCUGGCUGUGCCGGACAUGCGCGCUGGGUGUCCAGCCAAAGUGCCUGCUCUGCCCCAAGCGAGGAGGAGCCUUGAAACCCACGAGAAGUGGGACCAAGUGGGUGCAUGUCAGCUGCGCUCUGUGGACUCCUGAGACAGCCCCCCAUUCGGGGAUCCCCAGAGGCAGGCUGGUGACGAGAGGGCUGAUGCAGCUCCCUAUGCCCUGCCCAGGUCAGCAUCGGGUGCCCGGAGAAGAUGGAGCCCAUCACCAAGAUCUCGCACAUCCCAGCCAGCCGCUGGGCUCUGUCCUGCAGCCUCUGCAAGGAGUGCACGGGCACCUGCAUCCAGGGCUCCCUUCCUGCCUUAUGCUGCCCUUCCUCUCCCUCCAGUGUUCCAUGCCCUCCUGCGUCACGGCGUUCCACGUCACAUGCGCCUUUGACCAUGGCCUGGAAAUGCGGACUAUAUUAGCAGACAAUGAUGAAGUCAAGUUCAAGUCAUUCUGCCAGGAGCACAGUGAUGGAGGCCCACGGGGUGAGCCCACGUCUGAGCCGGUGGACCCCAGCUCAGCCGGUGAGGACCUGGAGAAGGUGACUUUACGCAAGCAGCGGCUGCAGCAACUGGAAGAAGACUUCUACGAGCUGGUGGAACCGGCCGAGGUGGCCGAGCGGCUGGACCUGGCUGAAGCGCUGGUUGACUUCAUCUACCAGUACUGGAAGCUGAAGAGGAAAGCCAAUGCCAACCAGCCACUGCUGACCCCCAAGACUGACGAGGUGGACAACCUGGCCCAGCAAGAGCAGGAUGUCCUCUACCGCCGCCUGAAGCUCUUCACACACCUGCGGCAGGACUUGGAGAGGGUUAGAAAUCUGUGCUACAUGGUGACAAGGCGUGAGAGAACCAAACACGCCAUCUGCAAACUCCAGGAGCAGAUAUUCCACCUGCAGAUGAAACUUAUUGAACAGGAUCUGUGUCGAGAGGGGUCUGGGAGGAGAGCAAAGGGCAAGAAGAGCGACUCACAAAGGAAAGGCCACGAGGGCCCGAAGGGCAGCCCCGAGAAGAAAGAGAAAGUGAAGGCGGGGCCCGACUCAGUCCUGGGGCAGCUGGGCCUGUCCACCUCUUUCCCCAUCGACGGCACCUUCUUCAACAGCUGGCUGGCACAGUCGGUGCAGAUCACAGCGGAGAACAUGGCCAUGAGCGAGUGGUCACUGAACAGCGGGCACCGUGAGGACCCCGCUCCCGGGCUGCUGUCGGAGGAGCUGCUGCAGGAUGAGGAGACACUGCUGAGCUUCAUGCGGGACCCCUCGCUGCGCCCUGGCGACCCUGCCCGGAAGGCCCGUAGCCGCACCCGCCUGCCUGUCAAGAAGAAACCCCCCCAGGAUGGGCCCGGCCCACGGACAACUCCAGACAAACCGCCCAAGAAGCCUUGGGGCCAGGAUGCCAGCAGUGGCAAAGGGAUUCAGGGGCCACCUGCCAGGAAGCCUCCACGGCGAACGCCUUCUCACCUGCCGUCCAGCCCUACAUCUGGGGACUGCCCCAUCCCAGCAGCCCCUGAGAGCCCCCCACUGCUGGCCCCUGAGACCCCUGGUGAGGCAGCCCCAACGGCUGCUGACUCGAAUGUCCAAGUGCCUGGCCCAACAGCGAGCCCCAAGCCCUCGGGCCGGCUUCAGCCGCCCCGAGAGAGCAAGGGAACUCGGAGAUCGCCGGGUGCCAGGCCUGAUGCUGGGACAGGACCGCCUUCUGCUGUGGCUGAGAGGCCAAAGGUCAGCCUACACUUUGACACUGAGACUGACGGCUACUUCUCUGAUGGGGAGAUGAGCGACUCAGACGUGGAAGCUGAGGGCAGUGGGGUGCAGCGGGGCCCCCGGGAAGCAGGGGCUGAGGAAGUGGUCCGCAUGGGGGUGCUGGCCUCCUAAGGCACCCGUACCCCUGUCCCAGGCCCUGCCCUGUUUCCCCACAAGGCCUCAGCCCAGUCACAACUGCCAUUUCCAAUCUCUGCCAGAGUGUCUCAGACCCUUGAGGCUGCCACUCUGUUGUGGUUUUAUUUUUAAUAUAGAGAGAGUUUUGAAUUCCACACUGUUGUCUUUCCUCUGUGCUGGCCUAGGACAUUAGGUUUCCCUCCACGGCUCUGGCGCAAGGACCACAUGGGUCCUGAGUGCCAUCCCUGCCGCGGCAGCAUCCCCACCCCGGCCCAUGCAACACGCUGGGCUCCUGGCUAAAUGUAGGCGAGGUGAAGGAGAGCACAGGACUUCUGAGCCCGCUGCCACUGGGUGGCACAGGCUGUUGUUUGGGCAUUAUUUCCUGGCAGAUGGGCCGGCCCAGGGCCUACCCCACCUUGCCCCCAGGUCCCACUGGGGUCCACCUGGGGGGUCCUGCUGCACUCCACUGAUCCCCAAGGAAGUAUAACAAGUGAUACCCAGCCAGAGUCUACUCACUGUCACAAAGCACAACGAGCUCAUGUGAGAAAGCACUGAGGGGGCGCAGAGGGCCCACUGGUUCCAGGGAACCACAGCUGUUCCUGAUCAACCCACGCCAUCUGAGGCCCACCCGCGACCCUCCACUCCCCUGCUGCUCCACCCCUGCCAGCGCCCAGCCCGGCGGCUCUGGGAAGGGGUUACUGGAAUCCUUCCCGAGCUGUGCCAUCUACUCAGGGGACUCCCAAACAGCCAGCUGCCAGGGCCAGCGGAGGGCUGCAAGGGAGGGCCAGUGCCCAGACGGGGGCGGGGGGCUCAGACUCGCCCACUGCAGAGAAUCGCUCUGCGGCGCCCACUUCCUUCCUUCCUUCGGGGCCAGUCUCAGCCAAAGUCUGGUCACUCUGAGACAGCUGACUGGACCAGACCGUUUGCCUUUUCAAAUUUCCCAGUCCUGCUAAGAGAUGAGCUGCUUUCCUCGUUUCCUUUCGGAAACUUCUCCUUCCAACUGGCGGUGGGAUCCCGGGGCCGGGCCGGGCCAGUGUUGGCCUGCUAGGGCUGCUUCGAGCCUCGCUGGGUGUUCCUGGUUCCUCUGUCCCUCCAAGCCUUAACCCCUGUUCCAGCCAUGCCUGCCCUGCCCCCACCACAACCCAGCUUCCCACCCCACCCUCCAGGUGUCCCAGGUAGUUGCCCUGAAGAGUUUCAGUGGAGUGGCCCCAGGGUGAUAGCUCAGGGAACAAACUAAAAGGAAUUCAGUGAAAAUGCGGUUUUUUUCUGUUAUGAAUUACUCCUGGGUCACUUCCACCACCGGUAAAGCCAGAACUUCUCCAACAAGAACCUUGCAAAAGCCCAGCGAAUCAGUCGAAUCAUUCUAUGGAUGCCAAAGAAUAUUUUGACCAUAUUACAGCACAGCCUGGACCUGACAACUUGUCACGUGGACUUGUUUUUAAUGGAGUUCUUUAGCAACAAAGCAUAGAAACAUGUUCAUCGCAUACACCCAAGCUGACGAGCCCAAGCUCUCGGAGGCUUGCUGUUCUGCUGCUGAACCGUUGGAACCAGGAACCAGGUGUCGGAUUUCAGGUCCUGGGCUGGACCCGCUGUGAGCAAUCCUAAACUCGGACUCGUGGUGGGAGGAAUCCUGAUGGCGGAACCAGCCCGGCCAAAGUCUUUACCAUGUGGUUCCCCCCAUGCAAAUGCACAAAGCGCAAAUCAGUGGGAUGGGGAGCAGCUUGACCCCCCACCCCAACUCUCGACUCUAAAACUAUCUUAAAGGUACGACAGUGGCAUCAUCGACACCAGUUGCAUGUGAAUUUAGCAAAACAGGAAACCGAUGCGAGUCAGUUCAGAGGGGGUAGGACGAGUAUGUCCAGUCGGAGUGGACCUGGGGUAGGCUUCCAGGGCUCUGGGCUUUGGGACAGUGUGAGCUGCCAUGUAGAGUUGAGCCUCCCUGCCCACCUUGGUAGCAGGGGCCGCAUCGGCCUCCCUCCCCGUUGUCUGUUUACUGCCUUUGAACAGACCCUCCCCGAGCUUCAGAUCACCUUGGGUCACAGCUUCCUGCCGGAUUGCCCCGCCCGACCGGACAGGAAGCCGAGGUGAGCUUAACAACCGAACUCUGCCUGGGGCAGGGGCGGAGUGCUGCAAACAGCUCAGAACUCGCCCCCGACCCCUUCAACCACUCCACACAGAGACUGGGCUCCCUGGGUGUGGAGGUCGGGGUGAGGAGUACCAGGGAGCAGUACUGAGGGCCUGGCCAGGGUCUGGACCAGUUGGGCCAGGCAGGGCAGCCAGAACCCUUUGGGCGGGCCUCUGAAUUCUGGCACUCUUCUCAGCUGGCUCUUGGACUGAGUGGACUGUCCCUGGGGCCCAUGUGUCUGUCAGCCUGGCUGGCAGUGUCCCCUUCUCUCUCCUGCCAGGCAGCUGUCCACCUCUAGGAUGUCCACCAGGCUGCAAGGAGGAUAAGGAACCCCCCCCCGCCCAGUGUGCUAUCUGCUGUUAGCCACAGUCCCUUCACACUUUUUUCCGGCCCACUAUCCACACUGUAGACAAUUUUGCUGCCCUUGAGGUUAAGGCAGGAAGCAGGGAAGAAGGCAGAGGAUCUUUUCAAGGCCAGAGGCUGAGGCAGGUCUUUCACUCAACCACAUCUGUCCACAUCUGUGAGCAAUCCUAAACUCAGACUCCUGGUGGGAGGAAUCCUGAUGGCGGAACCUCACGGGCGCUCCUCGGGUGUGGGGGCUAGAAGCUGCUCUGACUUCCUCUGGCCGUCGCCCCCAUUCUCCCAGUCCAUGUCCCCCUUCAUCACAAUGAGAAAGGGUAAGAUGCAAGGAAAGUAUUUUUAUGGAUCGUAAGUGUAUUUCAAAACAAAUGAGAAGGUAGAAGGGUUUAUUUUAAUAAAUGAGCACUGACUUUGUGACAGUGUGUGAGCAUUUGCAACGGAAGGGUCUCCUUUACCUUAGAGAAGCCACUGAGGUUUCCAGACAUGCGUUACAGACUGUGGGUGUGUGAGUGUGUUCCAGGGCACGUGUCUUUUGUCCUUGCACAUGUGGGUUGGGGGGCAUGGUGUGGGCACACUGCAGGACUGUCAGGGCACUGAUCAACUGCCCAAUUCAAAUGUACAUUGGCAGUAGCUGGACUUGGCAUUCCCUCGCUUACUGCCAGAUGUGGCCAGCCUCUGCCCAUGCCCACAGCGGAAUGGUCUGGAUGCCUGGAACAAGGCCCUGGAGGAAGCCACUUCCCAUGCGCCGGCCCAGCUGGCCACUUUGGCCAAAGAGCCAGGGCUGGAGUCUGGGACUUCAGGUUGUUCUUAACGCGCUUCCUGCCACCUUGUACCUCAGAUGCACAACACUGCUCCAGUCGGCUCGGGGGGUGGGGAUGAUAUGAAUGUCACAGGAGGAGACACCUUCUGUCUUUGUUUCAAAGAAAGUGAUGUGCCAUUUGUUAAUAUACAAGAGAAAUAUUGAAAAUAUAUUGAAAAGAGCAAUUUUAAAUUAUUUUUGGCUUAUGUUGCAAUAUUUAUUUUCUUGUAUUAGAAAAGAUUCCUUUGUAGAGAAAAAAUGUAUUUUUCAUUAACGCAAAGACCUAUUUCUCCUUUUUGUACAUCGUCCGUGUUUGCUACCCUACCGAGCAAUAGAAUGUAUGGCCGCCCUGGUGUGGCCGGUGCCCGCCGCGCCCUGCAUGGUUCUGUGUUGCCACUGCUGCGUAGCUCCCAGUCUUACCCUGUCCUGCUCACUCAUGCGGGUUUCCAGACCCAGGCCCCCCCAAGGGCCUGUGUCUUAAGGCCCCCUUUGCACUCCUUGUGUGUUGGCAAACGCAGUUAAUAAAGCAAUGUUUUCUGUG